AUGGGAGAGAAGGCUGAAGGUGAUCAGGUCAAGGAGAAUCUGGUUGAACUGAAUUGUCACUUCACAUGGAAUCUGAUGUUGAAAAAAUUUGACAUACAUGAUUUGGAAAUGAGGAUCUCUGAGGAGCUUGAGGUUCUAGACAGCAAAAACCAAGUGGGGAUGCUCAACCUCAGGGCCUAUGUGAAACACCUGAAAGGCCAGCAUGAGGAAGCCCUGCAGAGCUUGAAAGAAGCAGAAGCCUUGAUCCAGGGAGAGCAGGUGGGCAAGAGAAGCCUGGUGACCUGGAGCAACAGUGCCUGGGUGCAUUACCACAUGGGCAGCCUGGCAGAAACCCAGACCUACCUGGACAAGGUGGUGAACACUCGCAAGGAAUUGGGCAGUCCCUUCCGCUAUAAUACGGAGUAUGCUGAGAUUCAAUAUGAGAAGGGCUGUGUCUUUCUGAAGAGUGGACCAAACAAUUAUAUACUUGCAUUGGGCUGCUUUGAAAGAGCUCUGGAAAAAGAUCCUGAAAACCCUUUAUACAACAUUGGCUAUGCAGUUGCAGCCUAUCACACAGACUUUGAUGACAAGAAUAUCUCUCUAGAACCCCUAAGGAAGGCUGUCAGGUUAAAUCCAGAAGAUCCGAAUAUUAAAGUUUAUCUUGCGCUGAAGCUUCAGGAUGUAGGGGAAUCAGCUGAAGCAGAAUCAUACAUUAAAGAAGCCCUCAGUAGCACAUCCUGCCAACACUAUACAUUUCGCUCUAUAGCCAAGUAUUACCGAAGGAAAGGCUGCAUAGACAAGGCUCUCCCUCUGUUACACAGGGCCUUGCAGGAGUCACCUGCCUCUGGCUACCUGCAUUACCAACUAGGGCUCUGCUACCAUAGACAAGUGAUGCAACUGAGAACAUCCACCGAUAAGCCGGCCCAAAGGCAGGCGGCACAACAGGCUGUUCUUGAAUUUCAAGAGACUGUGAAACUUAGGCCCAGAUUUGAGAUGGCUUAUGUUUGCAUGGCAGAAGUUCAGGCAGAAAUCGGCCAACAUGAAGAAGCAGAGGCAAAUUUCAAGAAGGCACUGAACAUGAAGAAACGGUACAGGAAUCUUGAGUGUCACAAAGAGCAGGAUAUUCAUUUACGCUAUGGCCGUUACCAACACUUUCAUCGGAAAUCAGAGGACAAGGCGAUCACCCACUACUUAAUAGGUCUUCAUCUAAAAGAAGAAACCUUUGUCUGGAAGAAACUACUUGCAAGUUUAGAGGAAAUAGUCACAAGACGUGCUCGUGUUCAAAUUGUGGAGAGCUACUGCUUGCUGGGCUUCAUCCACAAACUGAAGGGGGACAAGGAAUCGGCCCUGCAGUACUAUGAAUUGGCUCUGCGGCUCUCUGGGGUAGUGAACCGUAAGUUUUGAGUGCAGCUCACCCCUGUGAAGUGUAUGUACUCAUAACUGAGGGUUCCCGGCCUCCUUUCUAAUUUCUUACUCCAAACUCAUUUCAUGCCUCAUUGUGGUGUCUAUAGGGAACUUGCACCCCACUGCACUUGCUCACUUACUGACCAGGACUGAACUCUUGAGCUGUGGGAUCCUAGGACAUCUUCUCCUUAUGUCUGUGUCUUGGGAAUGCAAGUCUUCCAUCCUCUGCCUGUCUGUGUCCUGGACAAAGAGGUACUCUCCAAGGAAUCUUUUACUUUAGGUCAGCAGAUACUCUUAGUACAUUGAAGUUUCAGAGAAAACAAAGUGAAUAAGGGGAGAGCUUGAAAUCUGAGAGGUCUCACCUUAGUGUAGAAUCAUUCAUGGCUAAUAAGAGUCUUAAGUUUGGGGAAAGCCAAGCAGAAGAAACUUGCCAGGACCUUACAGACAGAAGAUGAUAUAAGGAGAUUUGUGUAGAUUUUCUGUGCUAUUGAUAGUGUGUUAUAUGAGAUUUUUUUCCCCUCAACUAAAAUAUAUUCAGUAAAAUUCCUUGAAUCACAAAGUCUUCCAGUGUAAUUUGUUGAUAGAAUGGAAAGGAUAUCCCUUCAGUGUCCUCAAGAAGGCUUGGUAUAGCAGAAUCAUCUAACAGAAGUCUAGUGGCAGGCAGGAAGGAAAGUUGUGCACAUAAGCCACGCAAGGGAUCUGUGUAAAGAUGAAGGCUGUAUUUCAUUCUCCACAUCCUGAGAUAGUAAUGGCGACUGAUGCUGCCUCGCUACCUGACAGCUGCUGUUUAUCAUUGGGGAUUAUGUUGCUAGGGAUGGGUUUAGGGUUCAUUCACCUGAUAUUUGGGGAAAUAAUUCUGAUAUUUUUAAUAAGUGUUUUUUUGAUUAGCCAAAAUCAUGUUUAUUUUAUUCAAGUAAAGAAAACUCUCAGGAUUCAUAAUACUGCUCCCUAAUAGUCUCAAUGGAUGCUGAGGAAGAGUAACUAUGGGAACAAAUGAUGGGUUGGAGAAGGAAGGAUUGGGAGAGAGCAGGAGGACACACAGUUUGAUUCACAAGCUGGGUUCUGGGAACUUAGCAGACUCUUCUCUUCCUGGAGAGCAUUUUCACACGUGCCCAAGGGGACACAGCUUUACUAGGUUUUUCAAGGAAUGAUAUGUGGGUCAGACACUGGAUGUUUCAGACACCUGGGUGUCCUGUUGUCACUAAGUUUCGUCCUCUUCACUUACUUCCAUGAGAGUUGUAGCCUGGAGGAUCUAAACUAGAGAGAAUAAACGCUUAAAUUUCUCCCCUUGAUUAAAAUGCCUUGUGGUUCCUAGGUCCUGGGCUCAGCAAGCCCAGCAUGCACCCAUGUGCACUGUGUCUGCUGACCCACACUGCCCAUGCUCAGGAGCACUUCCCCAUCCUCUGCAUCUCCUCUCUCCUUGUUCCUGCUGUUUAGCUGUCCUGCAGCUCUUUUGGGUUUUCUUUGCUCUUCCUUAUCCCCUCUGAGUAUAGUCUCCUUUUGUUAUCCCAGUCUUCCCAUUCACACUACUGCAUGGAUGAAACUACAGCAUGUUGAGGUGAGGCCUCUACAGCUGUGCAAUGAACAAGAAUGGGUGGCACAAUACAUACAG